AUGUCUGGCGAAGCGUGGCUCUACCUGUUGGCGGUGUUGAUCAACGCCGUCAACCUGUUCCUGCAGGUCUUCUUUACCAUCAUGUACAGCGAUUUGGAGUGUGACUACCUCAACCCGAUCGAGCUUUGCAACCGUCUCAACACCUACAUCGUCCCUGAAGCUGCUGUUCACGCUUUCCUGACCUUCCUGUUUGUUAUCAACGGUUACUGGCUUGCCAUCAUUCUGAAUCUGCCUUUGCUCGCCUGGAACGGAAAGAAGAUCUUCGACAACCAGCACCUUUUGGACGCCACUGAGAUCUUCCGCAAGCUCAACAUCCACAAGAAGGAGUCUUUCUUCAAGCUCGGUUUCCACCUCUUGAUGUUUUUCUUCUACCUGUACAGCAUGAUUGUCGCCCUGAUCCACGAUGAAUCCCACUAA